AUGAACUUACCCAGACGCGCGUGGUGGGGUGGCUGGUGGGAAAGGUUGAUAGGAAUCUUAAAAGCGCUAUUGCGAAAGAUGUUAGGAAAAGCAAGCCUCCCGUACGAGGAUUUAAACACGAUAUUGUGCGACGCAGAAGCGAUAAUUAAUACGCGCCCGUUAACAUAUUUAUCGGAAGAUCCUGAAGAUCUCAGACCAUUGUCGCCGUCAAUGUUUUUACAAGAGAAUCGGGAAUACGGUGUUCCGGACUGCGAUAUGUUAUACCGAACAAAAUUAGAGGGAAAGUUCAAACAUAGGCAGAAAAUUCUAGAAGACCUUCGAAAAAGAUUCCGAGUCGAAUAUUUAGGUCAACUUUCACUGAAAAACGGAAAGAAAGGAGAACGCCGGAAAAUAAAAAUCGGUGACAUUGUACUGAUAGGAGAUGAUACAAAUAGACGCAUUAGUUGGCCGCUUGCACGCGUGAUGAAUGCGAUUCCGGGCCGCGACGGCCAAGAGCGAGUGUUCGUCCUAAAAACAGAGAAGGGAUUAUUUAAGAGAGCGGUACAAAGAGUUUACCCACUAGAAAUCGUUCAAGACGAGUUUGAAAAUUCUGCGAAGAAUUUACGGGAGAAGGCGAGCGUUAUCGGAAAAUCUAGCGCUAAGACAAACAACUACAAAGCAACGAAGCGUCCUGAUUGCGAACCUAGCGAUGGCGAAUCUAAUGAUUGCAAACCUAGCGAUGGCGAAUCUAAUGAUUGCGAACCUAGUGAGUGCGAACCAAAGACUGUAACCACGAGAAGUGGACGUGUCAGCCGGAAACCUGAUUAUUUUAAUACCAACAUAUAG